AUUAUGAAAGCAGCCCAGGCUUUGAAAGAUAACCUAAUUGAUACAGAGAAGAAAAGGGAAUACAAGUUCUGUUUCUGAUUCCAUGGUUUGCCAGCACACGCUAAGUUGGCACAAAAAAACGUAGUCACUAGAGCUUGACUAUGACUACAGAAAUUUGGGAUGUUGUUAUUGUUGGCGCCGGACUAUCUGGACUGAGUGCAGCUCAUUUGCUCAGAAAAAGGAAUGCCAAGUUGAGAAUACUGAUAGCGGAAGGAAAAGAUCGGGUGGGAGGUCGCACAGUGUCCACUGAAAUACCAGCAGCCAGUGGUGUUGAUUGCUGGGACUUUGGAGGGCAGUGGGUAGGAAGCACCCAAACACACAUCUUGGAGCUCAUUAAGGAGCUGGGCUUAGAGACCUAUCCCCAAUUCAAUAGUGGCAAGAAGGUGCACCACAUGGGCGGGCCAGGUGCCAAAGUUCGCUCCUACAGAACCAGUAUCCCUGCUCUCUCCCCAGUGGUGCUAGUGGAUCUCACCCAGCUCUUGUGGAAGAUUGACAGAUUGUGUGCCACAGUAUGUGUCCAGGAUCCUUCGAAGACUCCCAAUGCUGUUGAACUAGACAGUAUGACCCUGCACUCGUACAUUGAGCAACAUGCUUGGACUGCAGAACUAAAAGAGGAGAUGGGACUGUGUAGCAGGUCUGUCUUUGGCAUGGAGCCAUCACAGAUGUCCUUCCUAUUCUUCCUCAUGUAUGCUGCAGCAGCUGGAGGGGUACUGCCGCUGCUGGAGAGCACUCCAGGUUCUGCUCAGGAGUUCAAGAUAAAGGGAGGCACCCAACAGCUUUCAGAGUGUCUGGCAGAACAUGUUGGGUGGAAGAAUGUCCGGCUGGGUUCUGCUGUGACGGCCAUAUGGCAGGAUGCUGAGUGGGCCAGGGUGACGACCGCCACCAACAACUUCUUGUGCAGAGCUGUGAUUAUCACCUGCCCCCCUCAUUUGGCAGCAAAGAUCCACUACCAGCCAGCCCUGCCCAGCCAGAGAGAGUUCCUUACCCAGAACAUGCCAGUGGGCCACAUGAUAAAAUUCAUUAUUACCUACCAGACGGCUUUUUGGAAGGAGAUGGGCUUCUCCGGGGAAAUAGUGGCAGGAUCCUCCAGCGACUGUCCAUUCUGUGUUACCUUUGAUGCUACCAGCCCCAGCGGUAAUGCUGCUUUGGUAGGCUUCAUUGCCGGCCAGCAGGCUUCUCGAUGGAGCUCCAAGGAGGGUGGAGAGAGAAGAAAAGCUGUGCUUUCCAGUCUGGUCAAAUACCUUGGUCCUGAGGCCGCUUCUUUCAUCCACUAUGAAGAGAAAGACUGGGCUAAGGAAGACUACAGCGGGGGCUGUCCUGUUAAUGUCAUGACACCAGGUCUGCUAACAUAUUACCACCCUAGCCUGAGGAGGCCCUGUGGCAGGAUUCAUUGGGCAGGCACAGAGACAGCCACCCAGUGGUGUGGGUACAUGAGUGGUGCAGUACAAGCUGGACAGCGAGCAGCUCUGGAAGUACUGGCUGAACUCUGCCCCAUGGCCUUGACCCAGGAGGAGCAGGAAGCAGUGCAGCACAGACAAACUGUCAAAGGUCCUGCCAAGCAAACAUCAUCCAAACUCACCUACCUGCCUACCUGCAAGGCUAUCGUCAUAGCAACACUGACAAUAAGUGCCGCUGUCUUGCUGGCUCAGCGUCAAAAUGCAUUACUUAAAGUCAAAACUUACUUGACGAAUGUAUUUUCAACAAGCAGGCAUAAUAUGUCCCUAGUGUAACAGAAACCUGUAAAUAGGCCACGUGUUUGGUUUUGAUGUAGACAGAAUGAACGAGUACAGUUUUUGCUGUGUUGCUCGGCCCACUGAUAUCUGAUUUUUAUUUUUCAGACUCAGGCCACAUACUGCAUAUUUCAUAACAAAGUUAGAAAGUCAAACUCAAUUAGAUUUAUUUUCAUUAUAUUAUAUCAUAUCAUUUUGUGCCAUUUCUUAAUAUGUUAUAUCAAAAUGACUAUAUAUUGAUUUAGAAUGUGCAGAUUACAUACAGUGUCAUGGUCCGGCUGUGCCUCUCUCCAUCCCUUGUGUUUUCCUGCCGUUUUCCCCUCCCUGUGUUCCUGUCAGUCCCAUGUUGGUUUUCUCUGUCUGUGCGUGUGUCUCUCUGGGCGUGGCGCUCUGUUCCUGCUUCUUAUCACCUGCACACCUGUUUCUCAUCCACUGCUGCACACCUGUGACUCAGCAGUAUGUCUACCCCGGCUCUUCAUUCCAGUCUUCGCCAGAUCAUUCAGUUUGCCAACAUGGUAUAACGUCACAGCCAAGCUCUCUUUGUUACUGUUGUUUCCUCGUGGUUUUUUUUGGGACUCGUGAUUAACCUUGUGUUUCUCUGUGCUCAGGUUCACUUCUUCGCCAAGAUUCCUGCUACAUGUCUUGCUCUCUGCCAUGUCAGACCAUUCACCAAGCUCAAAGUUCCGCUCACGCUGCCUACCUUGCUCUGCCAUUCUGCUCCGUUCACCCAGCUCAUUCCAUCUCUUCUAGUUUCUAAAUAAACUGUGUUAAACUGCAGCUAACCUCUGCCGAGUCUUGCAGAUGUCUAUGAGUUUCAUAACACUCUCUACUGGUGUUUCUUUUCUAAUUACAGUAUAAUUACUGUGGUAUAACAUGUAUUGCAUCAUGAGAUGUUGAUUAAUAACAUUUCAUUUUCAUGUUGAAUUUACUAAUAAAAAAUCAACUCCUUUUUAUUUAGAAAGAAGGCUUGUAAGGCUUUCCCUUUCUUGUUUGCCCCUCUGGAAGAAAAUUAUCUAUUGACUCCAGGAACCUCACUUGAAUUUUUCUUGUUCUUCAAUUAUUUUAUCAUUUGCUCAUGACAAAUGAGAAAAUUAUUUACUGUAGUAAUACCUGGAGAUAUCACAGUCUAAGCAGCAUCUUAUCUCAUUUGCCUUUUUAACAUUUAAAAUUGUGACCGUAAAAUUUAGGUUGUGCUUGUAAGCUUAGGGCUUCAGAGCGAUCAUGUUGUGUUUUAAACCAGUUUGCAGUGAGAAAAUGGAGCUUUCAUACUGCAUGCCUUCCUUUGUUUCCCAGAGAGCCAUAAAACCUGCUUGAGAGGCUUGGAGCAGAGCCACACACGGGUUUGUGCGCCCACAAAACCACCAACAGACAUUCAAAUGAGCAUAAGAUGGAUGAAGCAGUCACACACUGAUAACGUUCCAGAGAAAGUGAUUUAAUCGCUAUCACUCGAUUGCACAGUUGAUUGAAAGGAUUUUUGUCGUCCCCAUGUCUCUCCUAGAGACAAAACUACUGUCCCACUGAUCAUGGGACGGUAGUCUGUGACUCCAUUAGCGCCAUGGCUUGCUAUCUGUCUUUGUUAUCACAACCUUGCACUGAAUCAACUGCCUGCUCUUCCUGGUUUCAUUUAAGCCAGUCCAGGCUGAAUCAAGACCAACAGCCCAACAUCUCCAAAACAUGUGAGUUUUUUGCACUGUUUGGUCAUUUAUUAGUUGACAGUCACAAGAGUAACUGUUCUCACCUGGAUGUGAAUUUCUGAACAAAUUUCAUGUAAAAUACGAAUGAUAUAUACUUCACUUUUUUCCAACUGGACCCCACUGAGAGGAAGACUAAAGCUGAUGGCUGCUAUUUCAGAACUCCACAUUGCUUCUCAAAAGUUCCUUCCUACGGUAUAUGUCACCGCCAGCUUCAGGCAUGCAUGCAGUAAUGUACCAUCUGGGGGAUUGGCAGCUUGCCUUGUCAGCUUUGUCACAAUUCAGUGCAAUCCAGUUCUUGGGUUCAAUGGUGAAUGCAUGAUCAUUGUGAAAUGCAUUUAUUAGAACAAGUCUACUAAACUAUUGUGUGAAUGAAUUAAAUUGCCAACGUGACAUAAACUCUAUAGUCACAAAUGGGGUAUAAAAGGGUACAGGAGAAAAAAGAACUGCUGCUGGAAAUGACAAAUGUGGGAAGUUCUUUGUUAAACAGGCCAUGGAUUUCACCAGAUUUAACCAUUGUCACCUUGAAGUCUGAAUGCUCAGAAUCAGCGAAUGUUUUUCAAGCUUCAGAAUUUUGGUAAUUUCACAGUGAAAAUAAGCCUAAUAAGCCCUGAUAUAUAGCAGCCA